CCGAUCGAUCAAGAAAUCGAAGGUGCAAAAGAAUAUUUAAAUUCAUUAACAAAUUUUUUUACUUUUAUUGAUGCAUAUAUAAAGGCAAAAAUUAAUGUAAUAGAAAGUAAAAGAGAGUGCACGCGUAUUAAAUUGCAGGUAGAAACAUUAAAAAUGAAAGAAAAUCGACUUAAAAGUAUGAUUGAAAAGUUCGAAACCAACCAAGUUGACUAUAACAAAAUUGAACUAUUUUUAUUCGAACGUCUUAUUAAUAUUAAGUGUUGGAUGAUGAUAUACAUGGAAAAUUAUAUUGGUGCUUACGAAUAUUGGUCUCUUUCUAAAUCUGAACUGAAUCUUUCAAUUAUUAAAAUAUUUUCCGAACACAGAAAUGACAUAGAAAUGAUUAACAGAGAACUUGAAUCAUCUUAUCUUUCAUUUCAAGAUCAGCCACAACUUUUUAAGCGUUCAAUUAUAAUUAAUGAAGAAAAGUAUAUUGAAGAAUUUAAACGUAAUAGAUGCAUUACAUAUGAAAUUUCUCUAGAUCAUAAGGAAUUAUCAAUGAUAGAUCAUGCUCUGCUUCGUGCAUUUAGAGUAUUUUUGGAGGGAAUUGACUCAGCAGAUAAUGAAAUUUCUCUUAAAAUUAGUAACAAUGGAUUAUAUUCUAAUAAAAAAGAAGGGAAAGACCUUUAUUUUAGAUCGAAAAUUAGAAAACCUAAAGUAUUUAUGUAUAAAUCUUGUGACAUUAUAACAGCUGAUCAUACAUUUGAUGGAAGUAAUAUUUAUUUUAUACCAACGCCUUUCAGUCAAUGGACAAUUAAACUUAUUAACAAAGACCUUGAUUUGUCUAAGCUCGUGUCAAUUAGAAUUAAAAUGGAUAUUGAUGGUUUUUUUAGAGAUAAUAAUGAUUAG